GUGCAUGUGUUAACUAGCAGUAGUGUGUAGCACGGGAGACGCUCGAUGUGAUUAACAGCCGCCGUGCACUCUGCGGGGAGCAAGUGAAUUUGUUUUUCCAAGUGUCGUCGCGGUAUUAAUUUAAGCUAUGGUGUUCCAAAGAGAAACCUGUACUAUAGGUCUAGAAAAACUACCUUGUGGCAUCGCUAUGGUACUAGCUGCCCGCCCACACGUGCAUCAAGUGACAAGAAGGUCUCGCAACGAAGUCCCUUGGUGCUUGAACUGAAGUCAAAUGUGUUCAUCGUUUAUCUAAGUGGUUUGCGACAUUCUGUUCGAUGAACCAUUGGCAUGUUGUGGCUCUGUUCAGAGCUGUCUUGUCACUUCGUCAUGAAGAGAGAUUUUUGCGCGCCGCGUUGCAUGAUCCUUCUCGUCUUCAAACUCUCCAAUAUCGGAAUCACCAUGCGCUGGGCAAUCACCCUCUUGGCCAGGUGAAAGGGGGUUGGUUGGUUGUUAGAGCGAUUAUAAGAGACGUGACCUGGGAUCCCGCAGAGCCUGAGCUAUUAUUCGGGUUGAAGCGACCGCAUAUUUCAGUGGCGAAGACAGGUCAUGAGCCUGGAGAGCGCGAUGGAAUUUGCACUGUCCGAAGCUUGAUCAAAGCUCCAGAUGCUGAGCUCGUUGUUGAUGCUACCAUCGGUGCGUGGCUAGCGGUCGAGAAAGAUCAAACCAACAACACCGACCAUCUAAAUGCCAACCUCGCUUCUAUUUUUUCCGUAGAAAACGUCGAUAUUCGAGCGUCCAAUAGCGAACGAGGAAAAAAGAAUGACUGAAGCCCAUAGAUAUAGGCCAUUCCUUCAUGGCAAACUUGUUCUCAAUGUUGAUGCCAUGUCUUGUGCGGCGGCAAAACGCGCAUGCCACUGAUAACGCACCUACAAAACGGCCAACCGUGAAUGACACCAACUUGGAUGGGAAUGACAUUCAUUAAGGCGGGAGCGAUGACAUCGCAGGACAAUCUAACUCACACGGUCACUGUCGUGGCGUCGACAAAGGUUAUCGACAUAGAAUGCAUAGACUUCGGAAGAGAGCCUGAUCGCGGAGGAUCGACCAACCUUUCAGCGUAUGUUUCUGCUAUGAUUUGUUUCACCGUGCCCUUGUUUUUUUUGGGGGUGCUGCUGUUGCUAGUGCUGGUCUAUCAUUAUCUGAUGAGGCGUCCCGGUCGCCCUAGAAGAUCAAUGAGGUAAAAAGG